AUGAGGCGAUCAGCAGCUCCAAGUCAAGUGCUGGGAAAUGUAGCCAAAAAGUCAAGGUUUAUACCACCAGGAAAAAGUAUCACAGUUUGUGUCAAGAAUGAAACUAAAGAGAUGGACCAAGAAAUGAAAUUAAAGGAGAUAGAUGAGAAACAGGGAAGUACUUCAUUGCUUUCUAAAAUAUAUGGCCAGAAUCAAAAUGCAAAUUUUACACAGUCUGUGGAGUCAACUGGAAAAGUAAAGACUACAAAAGCAUGUUUCAGCGUUAAUAAGUGUAGCAAGGUGGAAAUGAAAACACUGAAUAUGCCCAAGGCUGGGUUCAUUUAA